AUGGGCUUCUUCACGGGUUUUUUUGCACUCGAACAGCUCGGCGGCUUUGCCUUCACCUCAUCCGUUCUCUAUAUUACCGUCCAAGUCCACCGCUCAACACGGAUGUCACAACGCAAAGCCAUCCACGCGCAAGUCGAGCAAAUAGACUGGUUGACCUCCUCUGCUGGCGCCUAUGACCGGCGCUUUCUACCGGAAGACAUGCCAAGGCGGCGGCGCGAAGAAUUGGAAGCGCAAAAUCAACCCGAGCCGACUAUGAAGGAAAUACUCAAGCAUAGAUGGAAUAAGGAAGUGGAGGUCUUGACAAGGAAGGCCUAUGAGACGAGAUGGGAGGACGUGAGAGAUGCUGCUGCAGAAGGCUGGAAGGCUGCUGCACGAUUGGUGAAACGGGAAUGA